CCUCGCCAUGACGACCUCUCCCGACUACCUGGUGGUCUUGUUCGGGGCCACGGCGGGGGCCAAUGGGGCUAGGCUGGGAUCCGACGAGCGGGAGUUGAUCCAGCUGCUGUGGAAGGUGGUGGAUCUGGCCAACAAGAAGGUGGGAAACCUCCACGAAGUGCUGAUCAAACCUGAUCUUUUGGAGCUGAUAGAUGAGUGCCAAGAAGAAACCCAGAGUAUGUUGGACAGCCUGAUGCUAGCCCCACAGCUGGAGCAGGCUCUGAGACAGUUUAACCAGUCUGUGAGCAAUGAACUAAAUAUUGGUGUGGGUACUUCAUUCUGUCUCUGCACUGACGGCCAGCUUCAUAUCAGGCAGGUUCUACACCCUGAAGCUUCCAAAAAGAAUAUCUUGUUGCCUGAAUGUUUCUACUCGUUUUUUGAUCUACGAAAAGAAUUCAAGAAAUGUUGUCCAGGCUCACCUGAAAUUGACAAGUUGGAUGCUAAAGCCAUGGCAGAACAUCUGAAUCUUGACCGGGACAAUUCAGCACAGCGUUUUGGUGUAUUUCAAGUGGAAGACAUGGGGAAUGUCAUCUUAACACUAAUUUCUGAACCAUACAAUCACAGAUUCUCAGAUCCAGAAAGAGUAAGCUACAAAUUUGAGAGUGGAACCUGCAGCAAGAUGGAACUCGUUGAUGACAACACCAUAAUCCGAGCAAGAGGUUUACCAUGGCAGUCAUCUGAUCAGGACAUUGCUAGAUUCUUCAAAGGCUUAAACAUUGCUAAAGGCGGGGCCGCGCUUUGCCUUAAUGCCCAGGGCAGGAGGAACGGGGAAGCUCUUGUCAGGUUUGUAAGUGAAGAGCACAGAGAUCUAGCCCUGCAAAGACACAAGCAUCACAUGGGGAACCGGUACAUUGAGGUAUACAAAGCAACAGGUGAAGAUUUUCUUAAAAUUGCAGGAGGAACAUCCAAUGAAGUAGCCCAGUUCUUGUCAAAAGAGAACCAAGUGAUUGUUCGGAUGCGGGGCCUUCCCUUCAACGUGACAACAGAAGAAGUGUUAGCAUUUUUUGGUCAGCAUUGUCCUGUGACGGGUGGAAAGGAAGGAAUCCUCUUCGUUACGUACCCUGAUAAUCGGCCAACGGGGGAUGCAUUCGUGUUGUUUGCCUGUGAAGAAUAUGCACAGAAUGCAUUAAAAAAACACAAGGACUUGUUGGGUAAAAGGUAUAUAGAACUCUUCCGGAGCACAGCAGCUGAAGUACAGCAGGUGUUGAACAGGUACUCUUCUGCACCUCUCAUUCCUCUUCCGACUCCGCCUAUCCUUCCUGUGCUACCUCAGCAAUAUGUACCUCCCACCAAUGUUAGGGACUGCAUACGACUACGUGGUCUUCCCUAUGCUGCCACUAUAGAGGACAUUUUGGGGUUCCUGGGGGAGUUUUCUGCAGAUAUCAGAACUCAUGGGGUUCACAUGGUAUUAAAUCACCAGGGACGUCCAUCUGGAGAUGCUUUCAUCCAAAUGAAAUCUUCAGACCGAGCAUUUAUGGCUGCUCAGAAGUGCCAUAAGAAAACCAUGAAGGACAGAUACGUUGAAGUCUUUCAGUGUUCUGCCGAGGAGAUGAACUUUGUGUUAAUGGGGGGCACGUUAAAUCGAAAUGGCUUAUCCCCGCCACCAUGUAAGUUACCAUGUAUUUCUCCACCUUCGUACACUUUUCCAGCCCCCGCAGCAGUAAUCCCAACGGAAGCAGCCCUGUACCAACCCUCUGUGCUCCUCAAUCCACGGACGCUCCAGCCCUCCACGGCAUACUAUCCAGCGGGCACUCAGCUCUUUAUGAACUACACAGCAUACUACCCCAGUAUGCAGCAAAGAAUGGAUCUGUACUCACAGAUGAGUCGGCCAGGCCAGUGCCCAAAGAAUGGAUUUGUCUUUAAAGGUCCGAGCAGUUAGACUUCCUUAACAAAGAUUCUUCCUGACUUCCUGAACAAUGUCAAACAGCCAAAAUGGAGUUCCUUCUGUCUACACUCCCGACUGCAGCCGUCUAGUGCAAGAAAAUUUGCCACUGGUGUGGAUAUCUGCCUGUGUCUUUAAGGGAAAAAAUAGCAAUUGCAUGCACACUUGACUCACUCCACUUAUGCAAGCUUGCCAUUAAAGAUGUUUAAGCUGUUACCUCAUAAGAGCACAACUGCCAAAUGCACA